AAAAACGACAAUCUUAUAUAAGAUGAAAUACAACAUAAACGUUCAGACAAUACCAACGAUUGGAUUUAAUAUCGAAACCAUUACUCCAGUUGAAGGGAUCAAUUUCACGGUAUGGGACAUUCCUUUUCUAGAAGACAUGAUUCCUUUGUGGGUACAUUACUUUAAUAACACAGCAGGCAUCAUGUACGUUGUGGAUAGCAAUGAUGGAGACAGACUGAAUGAAGCGAAAGAUAUAUUACAUCGUAUACUUAACUUUGACAUAUUGAAAGAAGUACCACUGGUUGUUAUAGCCAAUAAACAGGACCUUCCUAAUGCCAUUAGUCCGUCAGAAAUUGCAAACGUUUUGAAUUUGCAUGAAGUGAGAGACAGACGUUGGUUUAUCAACGGUGCAAGUGGCACAACAGGAAAUGGACUAAAUGACAGCAUGAGAGCUAUGGCAGAAGCCAUCAGGAAAUAACCUGCUGUGUGUUUGACAUAAAAGGUGACCAUAUUGAUUUACCACGUUAUAAGAAACCAAAUAAUACCAAACACGAUAACCACUCAGAACAUACCACAAAGCAUGUUCAUUAAAAACCAAUUAGUAGGAAUGAGGAAAUAAAUACUAAAAAAUGCUGCUGAAAGAAUACAACAAAAUACUCGAAAAUCGAAAGGAAAGGACGAAGGUACCUGUAGAAAACAUGUUUCAAACGGGAUAGCACAUCCUAAUAUUUACGGAGAUGUUGUUUACCGAGCCCGGACAUUUAGAUACGAUCCGGGUAAUCUUAUCGAUUCUUUAAAUAAACUUAUAAAAGGUUACAAUUUCAACAUUAUACUUAGAUCUUUGAAUAUUAUUUUUAUUUUUAUAAAUGUUGAUGUGUUAUUAUCAGUAAAUUAAAACCAAACU